AAAAAGCGUACUUUCAGUUGUCGAGCGGCUUCUCGUGUGUCUGCCCAUUCCGAAGAAGACACAAUCUCUACGUGGAAACAAAUUGCUGAUACUUUUCUGCGUCAGUUAAGUGAAUCUCUGUUCGAAUGGACCGUCCGAUAAAAAUAUAAUACUCGCAGUGAAGCAGACGAAUCUCGCCAUCGUCAACAAUGGAGCAAGCAAUUGCCGUGCCGCAGGAUUUUCCCGAACCGGUUGCCACGAAUAGCUACAUCAUUCCUACACUAGGACUGCACCAAGGCACCUUUGUGUUUUCUUAUCUCUCUACGUUUCUUUCGUACAUCACACCAUACGAUCUGCCAGUAGAGCUGUUGCGCGAUGCUUUCCACACGAAGGUGUCCUUCUUUCAUUUGAUUCUGGAGGCACUUAAAGUAGAAUCAGGCUAUAUAUGCCUGAUAGCGAUAUUCUUUCUGGUUUCGCUGAUUCCACUCUGCUACACUAUCGCCUGGGGAUGUGCCAAAGAGCCAGACGACAAUUUGAAUCCCGGUCCAACCGUCGAUGCCAUUAUUCAAGCAGAAGAGCUAUCACUAGAAGAAACACUGCACUGUCGAAAGAGUUUCCUGGGCCUCAUGUUGCAAGUAAUCAUACUACUCCUGAUUGCCGGCAUAAUCGCGAUGUUUGUGACUAAUGAGCAAAUAGCAUCGGCCAUUGAACAAACACCCGUAGUGGUGCGAUCGUCGCUACUGGACACGUCCACAUUUCUGCGUGACGCUGAAGCUCAGAUACGCUUUGUCGUUUCAAACGGCUUGGCAACGGCGAUCGAACGAAUUUGCAACGAUCUAGAGAACAUUGAUAAGCUCCUCGGUGAACCAAUACAACAUCAUUUGGCGUUAUUCACCGGCAUUGACAUCAUAUUUGAGUCGAUUAUCGAUAUAAGCACCAGCAGCAGUAAUCUUUCUCGUCGGAUUCAUCUGCUACAGGAUACGUUGGCACGGGCGGCCAAAAUUUCCUACGAAGCCGAGUAUCGACUAGACGAGCUACAGAUACAGCUCUCAGUGUUGCAGCGUCAAUGUACCUUCCGGGAUCGGCCACUGUGCGACACGCUAAAGAUAAAAAACUUUGAAGAUACCGGCUUAAUCGAACGGAUUCGUAAGCUGCAAACCGAUAACACUCUCGCCAAGUUGAUGGCAAUGGGUGAAUCAGGGCGAAACACCAGCAUGCAAGCCCUAACCCAGGAGUUAACAUUGGCGAGGGCCACCUUCCGAAACUAUGCAACGGAAGUACGCAACGCUAGCGAAUUUGCAGCGCAUCGUAUACAGGAACGGAUGAAGGAGCUCACCAAUGAAACGGAAGCGACAGUCGACAUUUUAUCGCAGACAACCAAUGCCCUUGUGGAGAAGGUCAACCGAACGGCCAACUUUUCUGAUUCCUUCUUUGAUCGUUACCGCGAAAUUGGAGCAAUUUUGUGGCUAGCUGGUCUGGCUACCACGGUCAUGACGCUGCUCGUGACGCUGAUUCUGCUGAGUGCGUUAAGCUGUGGCUGUUGCCAUGCUGAUAAUAAGGCGGGCGUUACACUUAUCCUUGGAGCGAUAUGCAUCUGUAUUGCGAGCUUGGCAUUAUCGGGGUUCACAAUGAUUGAAAUGCUGCUGGGCGCGCACGGUCAGGUUUUCAUCUGCAAUCCGCUAUACAAUGAACCUAGCUACACGGUGCUACAGAAACUGGUUGACAAACCAGGGCUCAUCUUCCCGAGUGAACCACAGCACGGCGUCAUUAGCGAAUUGCUAAAACAAGCAACGCCAAAGACAUGGACAGUUGUACGACCGAUCCAGGUAUCACUAUCCACGGUACUCAAUGAGUGCGAACAGAGUAGGGGAUCCUUUGCGACGUUUCAGCUUGACGCCUUGGUCAACCUCUCGGCAACGGUAGAUCAUCGCCAGAGGCCAGGACUCGAUCGAACGAUAGAGAGUGUCGGUGCCAACGAGGAUCCCUUUCUGGGAUUUACCGUACGCAUUCAGUCCAUUCUCGAGGAGAUGCUCUACGAUUCUGAUCUCAACCUGACCGGUACCCGUAUGGAGCUAACGCAAGUGUCCCCCGAUAAGGACGUGUUGACCUUCAUCGAUCAGCUGCAGCGCGUUUCAGCGCAAAUCCAGGACGUGGCUACCUCCAGUCGCAUGACAACGCUAGGUUCGCGAGCGAAACGGCUACAACUGUCCCUUCUAGCUCCCCUCGAACAACUUCGCGGUGAUAUCGUGUACCAUCUUACGGCACUCGAGCUUCAAUUGUCACCCUGGGCUGCACAGGUUAACAAAAGUCUCUCGCACCUCCGCAAUGCGCAAUCAUUUCUCGAUGCGGAAGCGGCCGAGGUGUGCUACAAUAAGAGUGACUCCUUCCGGAACAGACUUCGAGGGCACUUGGAGGCGUACCAAAACCACACGACAACCGUCUUGAACGAUCGAUGUGCAAGCUGUCGGCCGUUGUUUGACAUAUUCGACGCGAUGCGCAUGCUUUUCUGCCAUCACAUAAUGGACCCCAUGAAUGGUUUAUGGUUUUCGGCCUUUUUAUGUCUCUUUUUUUGGGCUGUCGCUACACCGCUGUCUCUCGUACUGUCGUCCACCUAUCGACGACUCGAAGUGCUUUCUAGCAAAUUGCAACACUCCAACAGCCAUCGAUACGAUCCACGAUCGUCGAUGCGGGAGGAUCAACGAGAAUCUAGUCACUGGUCAACUCAAAGAUCUGCCAUCAGUGCCAUGCCGGAUAUAGAUAGGUCUAAUUGGUAAAAACUCUGCGAAACACCGCCAACCCAAUCAUACGGGGCCAUCAGCCAUGCCGUGUACUACUACACUGCCAUUCUGAGCAAUGAUCAUUCUGGGGGCGCAUAAUAAUCUCAGCAACGCAUCUACCACUCGCCAGGCCACACAAACCCCACAAACAAUAUGUUUGCUUUUCUUUCUCUCUUUUUUUUGCGCAUCUUCCACUCUUCUAUCUCUCUCUGUUUGGGGCGCAGACCGGUGUCGGUGCAUGUUAACGCGGUGGCGGAAUCCAGCACCGAUGAGGAUUUUGUAGGCGAAACGACUACUGCACGCGGCAAAGAGAAUGCAAUCUACGAAGAAGGGGCCAUUAUUAUCGAGUACAUAGAGCUGAACU